CCCUUGCGACAAUUUUCUAUGUGUGCGUCGCUGUCGUUUUCUUCGGCUUUUUUUUGCACAUUGUGUAUUAGAUUGUGCUGUAUUUAAGAAAUUUGUUAACUUAAGUUACAGCGGACGUAACAGUUAUUCCUUUGAGCGUCCAUUGACAGCAUUGCCAGAUCAACAUAAAUUUGCGAGCAUACAUGUACAAAUACAGUACGCAUUAAAAAGUCUACGAGCAAAUAUGCAUUCAUGCAUUGGUUCAGCUAAGCUUUCCCACUGAAAAUAAACAUCGCAAAUAUUCACUCCAAUAAGUGAAAAGUAGCCAUAUAUAGCGGUAUUUAAAUAUGGAUAGCACAGAAUUUGCUGGAUCGAAUAGUUCGUUGGGAACUGCUAUGGCCGAUGCACUCAAUUCUGAACAGAUUAUACGAUCUGCUAGCAUUCAAUCAUCAUCGGGCGGCAAUUGCUUGGCACGCGUCGACAUGGAUUUGGAUCCAUAUCAAGCAGAAGUCGGGAUCAAUCACAAUUUGACAAACAGUCCAUCGGUUGGAUUUCGAUGGAAGCGCGUCCUUAAUCCAACAGGUCCCCAACCUCGUCCACGGCACGGUCAUCGAGCCAUAAAUAUUAAAGAACUUAUGGUUGUUUUUGGCGGCGGAAAUGAGGGAAUUGUCGACGAACUCCAUGUUUAUAAUACAGUGACUAAUCAAUGGUAUGUGCCCGUAUUGAAGGGUGAUGUACCCAAUGGAUGUGCGGCAUACGGAUUUGUUGUUGAGGGAACUCGCAUGUUUGUUUUUGGCGGAAUGAUCGAAUAUGGUAAAUAUUCGAAUGAACUCUAUGAGUUACAGGCCACCAAAUGGGAGUGGAGGAAAAUGUAUCCAGAAUCGCCAGACAAUGGAACGUCACCGUGUCCCCGACUCGGUCACAGCUUCACUAUGGUGGGCGAGAAAAUAUUUCUCUUUGGCGGACUAGCCAAUGAAUCGGAUGAUCCAAAAAACAAUAUUCCAAAAUAUCUAAAUGACUUGUAUAUAUUGGAUACACGGGGAGUGCACAGUCACAAUGGAAAAUGGAUAAUUCCCAAGACAUUUGGCGACAGUCCUCCACCACGCGAGUCUCACACGGGAAUAUCAUUCACAAGUAGACAAACUGGUAAAUUAAGUCUGCUUGUCUAUGGCGGUAUGAGUGGAUGCCGUUUGGGCGAUUUAUGGUUGCUUGAUACAGAUUCGAUGACUUGGGAAAAACCACGUACUCGAGGCCAAGCUCCGCUGCCGCGUUCUCUUCACAGCUCCACAAUGAUUGCGAACAAGAUGUAUGUCUUUGGCGGCUGGGUCCCAUUGGUGAUCAACGAUUCCAAAGCGACCACAGAACGGGAAUGGAAAUGCACGAAUACGCUAGCUGUUCUCGAUUUAGACUCAAUGAUUUGGGAGAAUAUCACCUUGGAUACGGUUGAGGAGAACGUUCCCAGAGCUCGAGCUGGGCACUGUGCAGUUGGUAUACAAAGUCGUUUGUACGUAUGGUCGGGUCGAGACGGCUAUCGCAAAGCAUGGAACAACCAGGUUAGGGUAUGCUGUAAGGAUUUGUGGUAUCUGGAGGUAACCAAGCCGCUUUAUGCGGUUAAAGUGGCGCUGGUUCGUGCAUCGACGCAUGCGCUUGAGCUUUCUUGGACGGCGACGACCUUUGCUGCUGCAUAUGUGCUGCAAAUUCAAAAAAUUGAGCAAGCGCCACCUGUAGCAAAUACAAAACAGGCCCAGAGUCAAGGUCAGACUUUAAUUCAACAGCCAACGAGUAACGCUAAUGGAUCAGAAAGCACUCCCCUCAUCGCUUCGGCUGCACUCAAAUUCGAAAAGAAUCCAAUUUCAGUUUUGCAUCUUACUGGGACAAGCAGUCCGGCAGCUGCAUCGCCAGCUGCAGGAUCUGUGGGCACAGCAACACCGCCCACCAUUACAGCAAUUGGCAAGUCGACUCAAUCGUCGACUGUUCAUGUCACACAAUCGCAGGUUAAGGCGGCAAGUGGAUCUUCAGGUGGGUCCGUAGCGACGGAAGCAAUCGUAACGCCUGCGAUUGUUACUGUUCAGCAACAACCGCAACUUUCGAUCAUUAGCAGCUCCGCUUCAGGAGUCAGCACAACAACUAGCAGUAGUAGUGGUGGGAUAUUACAAAAGUUUCGAGCCAGUGCAUCAAUUGUCAAGACAUCGAUUGCAACGGGUGUCUCCCAAGCAAGCCAAGAUGGCCUAAAUGUGGCUGUUCGUGUCGGUGCAAACUCUGUCACGGCGUCCAGCGGUGGCCUUGUCCUUACCACUUCGCAGUCAUCAACUGGAGCAUUACGAAUUAUACCUGGCGUCUCUACCAGCACAGGUGUCUCUGCUGGCCAACCCCUACGCCUUGCCACAUAUAGCAACAGUGGCGGCGGCGGCGGUGGAGCUUCAACCACUACGACAAUACUGAAAACAUCACAGCCGAGCGCUACUGUGCAAACCAGCUCGCCGGCUGUGGCAACAACAACUACAUCGCUUGGCGGCAAGCAGUAUUUCAUUCAGAAACCCCUCACUUUGGCACCAAAUGUCCAGUUGCAGUUUGUGAAGACUAGUUGCGGUGGCAUGACGGUGCAAACAUUGCCGAAAGUUAAUUUUAAUAUUGCUAAGAGCAGCGGUGGUGCUCAGUCUCAGGCCAUAUCUGUUUGCAAUCAGCAGCUCAGCACUGGUUCGGCACAUAUACAGAUUGCAUCGGGCUCAAGUGUGCAGCCAAAGACAGUAAUGGCUGGUGGAACGACAGUGAUGGCAACGACUUCGACAUCGACAAGUGGCCAUCAACAACACCAACAACAGCAGCAGCAGCAACAAAAGUCAAUUGUGUCUGGCAAUGUCCUAAAACUUGUUGCACCGCAUACGAUGUCUGGUGGUAAAUUAAUAAUGAAGAACUCCAACAUACUACAAAUGGGCAAGGUAACACCCAAUGUUAUGGGAGGCAAGCCAGCUUUUGUCAUCACCAACAAACAAGGCGCUCAAUUGGGCAAUCAGCAAAUAAUAAUUGUUACAACUGGAGCUAGUUUGCGCACUGUGCCGGCUAGCUCUGUGAUGAGCAGUGCUGGCAGUGCUGGAUCUACGAGCAUUGUCAGUAUCGUUGGUUCAACUGGUACAACGGCUACGCCCAUUGCGAUGGGUGGACAGCGCACAGUAUUAACCGGUCAGAAUAAUGUUAAGAUGGUGCGCAACAUACAGGGUGCCGCAGGAGCAACAACAGGCCGACCCAUUACACUCACCUCUGUUAACAGUGGUAGCGUAGCCGCUGGUCAAAAGCUGGCACAGCAAAAGACCGCCGUUUAUAUUGGUGGCAAGUCGGUGACUGUGAUGAGCGCAAGUUCUAGCAUAUCUGGCUCGCCCGGCACGAGUUCCACCAACAAGUUAGUCAUGUUGCCCGGAGCAACGGCUGCACGAAAAGGCUUUGUGAACAUCUUCAAUGCUGGUGGGGCGAGUGGUACUGGGGUCGGCCAACGCACAUUGGCCUUGACAAGCCGGCCGACGGCAUCGGCAGUAAAGACGACCGUACAGCAGGUAAAGGAGAAACAGGACAAUAGCGCUGCUGAGGCAGCAGUUACUAUAGCCACAAUAGCUGACACGGAUACCAUUGAUGACAUCAUUGAGCAACUGGAUGGGGCUGACGACCUACUCAGUCCAACGAAGGAUCAACAAGUACCGGAAGAUAUUGAAGAUAGGGAUGAGAAUUCAAUUGCUGCCACAUCUUCAACAUCAACAGCAACAUCAACGUUAGUGCCAGCUGCAGCCAUGUCAAGUAAAGCCGAAGAUACAUCAACAGACAUCCGAUUGGUAGAUCAAUCUAUUGAUGAUAUUUCCGGUGUAAGCAGUACGACGGAUGUACAGAAAACUUCUACCAUGACUGUAACUGCAACAGCAAGUCCGAAUGUAACUGGAGAUAAAAACGAUAUUAUCGACUCGAAUACUGGCUUAACUGCUUCAGUUACAACCACAGCAGCGGAUUUCAAUCUGACAACUGCUUCGGAGACUGAGGCUGCAAAUAUAUUAACUACAAUUAAAUCAGGCGACGGUUUAGCUGGGAGUAACAGCAGCAGCAGCAUAUUCAAAGACCCCGCCAUAUCCACUACCAGCGAUUCGGAUGUACCUCACAGCCAAUUAUCGAUAUCAGCUAUAAGGCAGCAUCAUCAUCAAAAUGUGGACGGCUCUCAAUUGGACGCUUUGGCUUCGGCAGCUGUCUUGCAAGCGGCCACCGCUUCAGCAGAUUCAAGUAAGCCAAAUAGGAACCUGUUGGAUAGCUUGUCUGCUGGCCAUAUAAUCAGCAAGUCGAUUGACCAACCCAAAAGCUGCAUUGACAACAACCUACCAGUCAGCGUUUCCAAUUCAACAAUUGACGACAGUGAUAAAUGGCAUACGGUGGGCAUAUUUAAAGAUCUGUCCCAUACUGUUACCAGCUAUAUCGACUAUAAGUACUUUAACGAGGCUCAACUUGAAAACUAUGAUGCCGAUAAUCUACCCGAUUUAUCUCAAUAUCCGCGCAUCAGCUUGGAUCCGGGUACCGCGUACCGUUUUCGUUUGGCUGCCCUUAACACAUGUGGACGGGGCGAAUGGGGAGAGAUCUCAAGCUUUAAGACGUGCUUACCUGGAUUCCCGGGUGCACCAUCGGCUAUCAAGAUAUCCAAGGAUGUUAAGGAGGGUGCACACUUGACAUGGGAACCGCCACCGGCGCAAAAGACCAAGGAAAUAGUUGAAUACUCGGUUUAUUUGGCUGUCAAGCCAACAACAAAAGACAAGGUAUCAUCGCCACAAUUGGCGUUUGUGCGUGUUUAUGUGGGCGCAGCCAAUCAAUGUACAGUACCUAAUGCGUCGCUAUCCAAUGCACAUGUCGACUGCUCUAAUAAGCCAGCUAUUAUCUUCCGUAUCGCUGCACGCAAUCAAAAGGGCUACGGCCCAGCGACGCAAGUCAGAUGGCUUCAAGAUCCAACGACAAACAAGCUACAAGGCGCCGCAAAUACAGCCAACUUAAAGCGAACCCAGGAAAAGAGUGGAGCUUCCUCAACAAGCAGCUACAGUUCUCCGCAGAAGCGUGCCCGCAGCACUGGGUUGCAUAGCAUUGAAUAAGUGUAUCGUCAUCUAACGUAUCUAAUUGAAAGCUUAUUGGAAAUUCUAUAUGUACUGUUUCUUUAAGAAGUGAACAGAUACUGCUCUGCAUCAUACAUAUGAAAGCUACUUCAGAGAUCUAUUUGUACAGUGUCUUCAGCUUAGUCUAGCUUAUCGGAUCCACUUGGAAAUGCUUCCAUUAGUUGAGGAUCAUCAGCAUCGUAAUAAUAGACAAAAGCAGGGCGUGGUUGGAGUAAUUAGAUUCUAAUUAGUAUACUCUUAUGUGCUAAAUAUACAUAUAUACAUACAAACACUAACACACCUAAGCACGCGCAAAUGCACACACGUACACCAACGCACACACACACACCUAACUUAUUUUAAGUCCUGAAAGUCGAAAGUAAUACACUCACCACUUGUAUCCAUUUUGGGAAUA